AUGUUCUCUAAACUUGAUCUGGUGAAGAAGAAUGGCGAACCUGCGAAGUCCUCGUCGAAAUGCCUGGAUCCGGUGGAUGCCACUGACGAGACAGCAGUUUCAACAAAUCCCGAACAAGACGUCAUAAAGCAGGAAGUAAAGUACAGUGAGGAUGACGAGGAAGAUCUUCCUUUGGCGUAUCACUGUAAACUCUGCGGUGUUUUCUUUGCCUCGCAGUCUUUGUUGGAUAAUCAUGAGAUCGAGCACAAAGGUAAGCGGAAGAAUACAUGUGCCCAAUGCGGCCGAAUCUUCAGAACUGGUAUUAGUCUUCGCAAACACAUGAAGACGCAUUCGGUACGUAAAAGCAGUCGCAAAAGCAACUCUUCAGGAGUGAGCGAUCGUAUCGCAUCAUUGAAAAAGGUGAAGAAAGAAAAGCCUGAGCUAGAGUUUCUUUGCAAAACUUGUAACAAAGUUUUCCGACACAAGAGCAACUAUCAGAAACAUUUAUUGCGCCACACAGUAGGUGAUCUCCCCUGCAAACAUUGCCCCAAAAAAUUUCGGUUGUUUCGUGAUUUAACGAGGCACGAGAAGACGCAUUUCCUACCGAGUUACAUGUGCAAGGAGUGUGAUUACGAAACUACUGUUUUGGCGGCUCUGAGCAUUCACAUGACGCGACACAUGGACAAAGCGGAUCUGCCAUUCAAAUGCAAUGAAUGCGACAAACGUUUUCGUAAGAAGCUCGAUCUUCAGGAACACUAUAACAUUCACUCGGGCGAGAAGCCGUUUGUCUGUCAGCUUUGUAACAAUGCCUUCUACUUGAGACGACAGCUUUCCGCACACUGCAGACGCACGCAUCCCGAGCUGAAGGCCAACAAACACGACAAUCCGACAAAGCUGUAUCUUUGCGAUUACUGCGGAAAGAGUCUCAGUAGCGCUGAGCACUUAAAGAAGCAUAGGCGGAUCCAUACCGGAGAAAAACCUUACGUUUGCGACAUCUGUGGAAAGGGUUUUACCGAUUCCGAAAAUCUGAGGAUGCACAGAAGAGUACAUACGGGGGAGAAGCCGUAUAAAUGUGACCAGUGUCCGAAAGCAUUCUCACAGAGAUCGACGUUGACUAUUCACAAACGCGGACACACCGGGGAACGACCUUAUGUGUGCCAGAUAUGCAAUCGUGGAUUCUCUUGCCAGGGCAACUUAACGGCCCAUCAGAAGUCUACGUGUGUUUAAGAACUUUGACUUGUUUUAUGAAUGACUUCUUGUUGAUGACGCGAUUUUCGUUGACGAUUACAUUAAACGAUAAUAACAGUGCGAUAGUACGUGCUUACACGUUGUUGUUGCUUAUAUAUCGUAACAACAGAGCAGACAAAAAUUCAAAGAAGUUUUGAAUUAUUAUAGAUUAUAUUAUCUAUCACUAUGUUGAUGUUGGACAAUGUUGACGGAGCGAUAUACUCACGAUAUUGAUCCCGAUACUUCUCGAUAAAUUUCUACAAUAUCUUUUGUAUACUGGUUGUUGUAACGUUUGCGUAAACCGUGCGACGCUCAAGAGACAAAACAACGCGUGAUAUUUGUCCGUUCGGUUUUUCAUGAAUUAUACGAUAUUUGUACUAUCGUGCUCAAAGUGUUUCGUUACGAAUAUUGUUGUUCUAUUUUUUCAGUGUAGAUAAGGAUAACUUGUAAGCCGAAUAAUGCCAAUGUUGUUGAACGACGAA